UCCUCAUCACGUCUCUCUACCCUACCCACUCAAGCUUCCAAACAACGCCAAUUGUCGCAUCUGAACUCCCAACUAGCCCAGUUGACAGCACACAUGAGCGACCUGGAGAAUCUAUUGCGCAUGACUGCCGUACAAGCUGAGGGCAUGAGAGGGUUGGGUGGUUAUGCGGGUGGUAUGUUUAUGGCUGCUAGUAAAGUAUUGGGCGAGGAGGCUGUGAAGAAUGAGGGGGCUGGUGAGGGGAAG